GACUACUGACAUAAAUAUAUACACACGUGGAAGAUUUUCUUAAAAGCAUCAACCUAAAAUCACAAACUGUUAUGCGCAUGUCCCCAUUCACAGUUAAGUCUGACUUACAGGAGAACUAAUAUAAGAGAAAUUAGUGCAAGUGUACCGUAAAUAAAUUUUCGGUUUAUAGAUGCCGGUUGUAAAUUUUAAACCCAACCAAUGUUGGAACAAUAGAUGAAUGUGCAAACAUCAUACUCAAUUUGUGUUUAUAAUUAAUGAAAUUUCUGUUUAUACUUGCAUAUGAAAUGAAAAAUAGCAGGAUAAUACAAUAUUUAAUGGUGCAUACUUCGUUAUUCAUGAAAUGAAUCCUGCGUAUGCUAUAACAAAAUUUCGAAAAUAAGUAAUUAAAAUAAGGAGAUUUUAAAAUAUGCAGAUCCAGAAGCACUGAUCAACUUAAAGAGGCUUUAAGUGAAUCAAUAACCAAUUUAACGUAAAUUGAUUGGAUAUUUGCUGAAAAUGAGCUGAGGAUUCAUAAUAAACAUCACGAAAACCAGCAUCAAUCCUUCGUUUUAACUAGUUCAUAAAAUAUACUAUACAUUCACCGAAUUUGUAAAAGAAUUUCAAAUGAAAUUUAUAAAUCUUUACCACAUGAAAAGCAUUAUCGAAUAAACGCAUUUUCGGCAUUUUCGGAUAUAGUCGGACGAUCUUUAUGCAAUUUGGUAGUUACGAUAUGUGGGCCAAAAAUAUAAUCGGCGAAAAGUCCCAUUCUGCGGUGGGGAAGAAACGUAGAAGGUACGGUUCCCCCGAGAGCAGAAGAAAGUAGAAACGCCGUGGAACUUAGCUGUUCUUGAAGGGCAGCGUGGCACGGCGAACAACAAAAGACACUGCCUUAUAUAAAGAUCAAUAUUUUCCUUUGUUACAUCGUGGGAAAAAAAAUGCAUGCUAACGUCACAUCAGAUCGAGGAAGUGGUGCCGGAGGCUCUUGGAGACUACCACCAGAUGAAACUUUACAAGUGCAAGAUCCCAAACAAAAAGACCAUGAUCUUGAUUUAGAUGAAGGUCACAAUUGGAGAAGUAUAAUCUUUUCUCUAAUUGUAAUUAGUUUUGUAAUCGCCGGUAUAAUUACUGCUAUAUAUUUAUUGGGAUAUGUCGAUGAGCUUUUAUAUUGGUCAGGACGCAGGAUGAUCCUAGAUGAAUACUUACAAGGAGAUUUAAUGCCAACAAGAUUAGCACCAUCUUGGGUUACUACUCGUAAAUAUGUAUUCCAGUCCGACGAUGGUGGGUUGGCAAUCUUGGAUACAACUACCAACUUAAUAAAUGUUUUAGUAACUAAUCAUACUCUUCGCCAAUUGAAUGUUCAUGGGUAUUUAUGCUCCAAAGAUCUUAAGUAUGUUUUAUUUAAGCAUAAUGUAAAAAAAACUUUUCUAAAAUCAUUUACUGCAUUCUAUACAAUUUAUGAUGUGGAAAACGAUCAUCAUAUGCCCGUAAAAGUAAAAAACUCAUUAAAGGUUCAAAGAACUCGACUGCAAUAUGCUGCUUGGCUUGGAAAUACAACCGCGAUUAUAUUUGUUAUAGAAAACGAUAUAUUUAUCCGUCAAUCUCCUCUUAUAGAGAAUGAUAUAAGAAUUACUUCAACUGGAAACGAAAAUAAAAUCUACAAUGGUGUUCCCGAUUGGCUGUACCAAGAAGAAAUAUUUGAAACGCCGGAAGCUAUUUGGUCUUCUUCUGAUGGAACACAUUUUAUGUUUGCUACUUUUAACGAUACUCUUGUUGGAUUAAUGUCAUACCCAUGGCUUUCAUCAGGAGCCUUAUUUGCUGGAAGCGGAAUGGCUUCUGGAAGUUCUUUCCCUGAAACAAAAAAUGUUCGAUACCCUACACCAGGAACCGUAAACCCAGAUGUACAGUUAUGGGCCGUUGACAUCGGUAAUUUAAAAAAUAUCCAGGAGUUUCCUAUUAUGCCACCUGAAUCUAUUAUUGGACAGGAAUAUUAUCUUACAUCAGCAGGCUGGGUAUCGGAUUCCCAUGAUCAAGUUUCAGUAGUCUAUAUGGGACGUUCACAAAACUACAGUGUGAUCGCAACAUGCUCGAAAAUGGAAAAUUGGAAAUGCAUAGAAGUACAUUCGGAACGAGCUGCUGAAGAUGAAUGGUUGGAUAUUUUUCCUCACCCAGUUUUUUCGUCAGAUGGCAAUAGUUUUUUAUUGCUAGCUAGUGUACAAGAAUCGGGCCAAGACCAUUUUACUCACAUAAAACAUGUAACCAUUUCACAACGAAGAAUUUCUGUUAUUUCUCAUGGGCGAUAUGAGGUGAUAAAAAUAUUAUGCUGGGAUACCGUAAAUCAUAUUGUUUACUAUUUAGCCACUCAGGAUAAAAAACCUGGUCAGCGACAUUUAUAUUCUGUCAAGGAUCCUGUAAACGAUGAUACAAGAAAAACCGAGCCACAAUGCAUAACAUGUGAUUUAGGCGAGGCCCUUUGGAGUAGUCGCUACUAUUAUAUAAAUUGUUCACAUUUUGAUGCCUUUAUUACACCAACGUUAGGUGUUGCUACUAGCUAUGGAAUUGAUGUCUACAUAUUAGAAUGCCAAGGUCCAGGUCUGCCCGUAUCAGGAGUGCAUACACAAAAAACGCAUAGUCUUAUUAAAAUUCUAUACGAUACACGCCCUUUUUAUACAGAAAGACUCCAAAAACUUGCAUUACCAACCCAGCGUUCCUUUGAAAUUCCGUUGCCACAUGGAGGGCGUGCCCAAGUUCAAUUGCUUCUCCCACCCAGCUGGAGAGAAGAGCUUCGGGAUGCUGCAUUUCCGGUUAUUGUUGAAGUAAAUGGUCGCCCUGGUUCAGAAUCUGUUUCAGAGAAGUUUAAAAUAGACUGGGGAACGUACAUGUCAUCAAGAAACGAUAUUAUAUAUAUACGUUUAGAUGUUAGAGGUGCCAAAGGACAUAGCAAGAAAUCACUGUACCGCCAUCUAGGUGGGGUAGAAGUUGUUGAUCAAAUAUCUGUAUUAAGAUAUUUGCUUGAUACUAUCGGUUUUCUAGACGAAACACGAGUAGGCAUAUGGGGUUGGGGCUAUGGAGGUUAUGUUACAUCAAUGGUUCUCGGUACACAGCAGGAUGUUUUCAAGUGUGGCAUUGCAAUUUCUCCAAUUGCAGACUGGCUCUAUUUUAACUCGGCAUUUACUGAGCGCAUAUUGGGAUUACCCUCGGAAAAUUACAAAGGAUAUGUGGAAGCAGAUGCAACCCAGCGUGCGCGCCUUAUAAAAUCAAAUUCAUUUUUUCUAAUUCACGGAUUGGCAGAUUCUUCCGCUCCCUAUGUUCAUGGAGUUAAAUUGGCUAAAUCAUUAACUGACGCCAAUGUAUUGUAUCGAUAUCAGGCCUAUGCAGAUGAGAGCCAUGACCUAUCAGGAGUGCUUGAACAUGUAUAUUCUUCAAUGGAGCAUUAUUUUGCGGAAUGUUUAAGUUUGGAUCCUGAUGACACUAAGCCGGAUCUAGAUCAAAACAUUGUACCAGCUGAAUAGAUUAUUUUUUUGUUAGUGGGCAAAUAUAUCAGGCCGAUGCAGAUGAGAGCCAUGACCUAGUGCUCAGGAGUGCUUGAACAUGUAUAUUCUUCAAUGGAGCAUUAUUUUGCGGAAGGUUUAAGUUUGGAUCCUGAUGACACUAAGCCGGAUCUAGUGAAACAAGCUUGAGAGUUAAAUGAUUUACUUAUAUGAAAUGUCUAUUAUGAAAUGGUAUUCAUUUGACCAUAAAGUCCAUAACUUAAUUGAAGUUAUUAAAAAUAAUGAACGCAAUGAAGAAAUUUCAGAUGUAAAUCAAAGAAGGGCUUACAAACGAUAAUCAAAUUUUUAUUGGAUCUCAUUUAACAUGGAUAACAUAGGAAAAUAAAACAUGAAAAUUAAAGUUCUGGACUACAUGAUAAUCAGUGCUCUUCCCGUUCACUCCAAGUCCGUUCUUCCUAUAACGGUUAAUUAUACCCUUGCAGAGGAUAUUAUAAUUUUGUUCAAAAGUGUGCAACGCGUUCAAAGAGACAUCUCCGACCCCAUAAAGUAUAUAUAUUCUGGAUCACGAUCACCUCCUGAGUCGAAAUAAGAAUUUUUGUCCGUCCGUCCGUCUGUCUAUUUCUACGCUUACUAGUCUCUCAGUUAAAAAGCUAUCGACUUAAAGCUUUGCACACAUUCUUCUUUUGAUUGCAAGCUGUAUAUAAGUUGGAACGGCCGGGAUCGGUCGACUAUAUCCUACUGAUUGAUUGAUUGGAAAUGCGAAAGCUUUCGGGUUUUUUUAAUUAGAAAUAUGAAACUUUUUAGGCAAAGUAAUCCAAUCUACCAAAUUUUAUAAGGAUCGGCCGACUAUAUCUUAUAGCUGACAUGUUACUGAUCGAUCGGAAAUGGCAUAACGUUGCUAUUUUUAAAGAUACUUCGGUCGGUUUUGAGCAUUUUAAUUAGAAAAUCGGCCAACUAUAUACGAUCCGAUAUAUAUAUAAUAAUAUAAGCUGCUACCAAACUGCAAGGGUAUAUAAAUUUCGGCUCCGCCCGAAGUUUUCUUUUCUUGAUUUCAUUGAACUAAAGUUCUUAAAAUAAUGAAUAGUAAUCAAAAACUAGAACAAAGAAUUUUAAAUUAUAUUGGAGAUUCAAAAAUUAUUUUAACCAGCCAGUGGGAAAAAAAUUAAAAAUUUCAAUAACUCCUGAAAAAUACUUCCAACUUGUUUAGGGUAUCCUUGCAGAGAAAAUUUAAAUUUUACUGAAAAAUUACUGAAUGGUCGGAAUUGCCAUAACUUUGUUAUUUUUUUAAGCUACAUGAAAGGGACUAUCUACGGAUUCCAUUUUGGGCAACUUAAUCCUGCCUUAGCCUCUGUAAAAUUUUUUAAGGAUCGGCUGACUAUAGCCGCCAUAUACCUGAAUCGGAAAUGAUACAUCAUUUCUUUUUUUAAAGGGGCAUGAACAUUUUUAUUUUUUUUUUUGAAAAGAGAAAAUUGAUUUGAUAGUGAAAUUCUCAUAAGGAUCGGAGAAGUAUUCGAUCCGAUAUAUAUCUAAUAAUAUAAGCUUCUUUGUUAGCUUUCCUUUCUUUUUUUUAUACAUAUAAUAAAGAUAGUUUUUUUAGACAUAUGUUACAUUUUUAUUCGGAAUAGUUUGAUAUCAAAGUUUUUUAAAAUAGUUUUCAGAAAUUAAUAAUAAUAGUAUAAUAUCGUUCUGACGGGCACGAGAAGACGUUUAAUCUGUACGUCUGUGAGUAUAUUUUUAAAUCCACUCUGCUGUUGAUGCUGAACAAGGAUAUGUAUACCGAGUAUUAAAAGAAUUUGAUUGUAAUUUUUGAAUCAAUUAUAAUUAUCUUCAAUUUCUGUAAAACUUUACUAAACCAGCUGAACCUGCAAUAGAUACGUUUUGAACAUAGAAACAGUUUUAGAUAGCCAUGACUUUUUGAAAAUAUGAUAUUAAAAACUCCAAUUUAAUUGACGAAAAUAUUGUUUAACCACCUAUAAUAAAUUCAAUAAAAUUAUUUCGAAAUUCCAAAAUUCCGUAAAUCCAAAAUUAGAACAUGUUAUGAUCUACUGAUUUCAAUAAGAAAAUAAAAAUCUUCCAUAGAAAAUUGUUUGGGGAAAAAUCAUAGAAGACCAAAAAUUAAUGUAGAAAAUCUGAGAUUUCAACUUUUUUUAAUUUUAAUUGGUACACAUACAUUUCAAAAAUGAUAUGUACUAGAAACAAUUAUGGUCAUCGCCAUUACACGGCCUACAUUAUUCAAUAUAUGGUAAAAUUUGAUCAAUUUCUUCUCUUAGGUGUACCGCGGAAACUGUGGGUGAUAGAACCUAUGUUUGUUCUGGACUUUGGUUCAGGGGAGCCUAAAGGUUAUGGAGCGGGUAAAAUUAUGCGUGGAGAUUUUUUGCUGUUGGCCUGUGUUAUUUCUUUUCAAUAAAUGAAGAAUCAAAAAUUAUUUCCAGGGGCCUUCCGAUUUCUUAGGCGUUUUUGAAAGUAAUAAUAGCCCUAUGUAUUAGGCUUUUUAAGAUGUAUCAAAAAGGGGAAUUCAUAAAAUUGUAUCUACUUCAUAAGAACUGUAUAUUUAACAAUAGUUUAAUAUACACAAUCCUAUUCACCACAAAAAAAAAUUAUAAAACGCAUUAAUCACAUUUAAGAUAUAAUGAUAAAAAAAAACUUAAAAAUUCAAAAAAAAAAAAUAGUUUAUAUUAAAAGGAAAUUGAUUAUACAAGAUCAUUAUGAAAGAACAGAGAUAAAGUUGACGGUGCUUUAAAGUGUAAAUAUAAUCGUUUUUGUAUAAAGCUAUCUAAUAAUAACGAAAUUCAGCUCUUUAAACACAGCUCCCGGUUUUCUAUCUUCAUGUCUAUUGAUCUGGUUGUUUUGGUGGUGUCAUUGGUAAAUCUCCCCAGUUGUGCUAACAUAGUUAUUUAUUGGUUUAGAUUCAUUUCUAUUGACUUUGAGUUGAUUUUUCUUAGG